AUGUUACAAAUUUACCCCUUCCUUUCUACUAUCUCUCUGCAGUCCCUAGCCGGUUUCCCCAUCUUUGAAAAGCUUGGUUACUCGCUAGAUCGUCGCCAGGCAGUGCCAGGGCAGAGAACUUCACCACCUCCACACACGUCUCGCUUCCUUCCUCCGCCCACCUUCGUGGGAAGACACGUGGGCCCUUCUCUCUUUUCACCCCGAGCGAGAGGAGCCCGUCUCCUAAGACAAGGCGUCCCUGGCCACGCUGUGGCUUUCGGUCCAUCUGCUGCUUUGGGCAUCGCCACCCGAUGCGCCAGAGGCUGCUCCAGCGCACGCACUGCGGCCUUCAGCUCCGCGCGCAGCCCCGCACGGUGUAAAGCAACCAGCCCCAGGACCCCACAACCUCCCGGGGGGGGCGAGCACUCACCUGCGCUCGGAAGUAGAGGAACAGGGCGACGCUGCAGACGACCUGGCCCAGCCCCAGCCCCAGGAGGGCCACGAAGGUGGAGCGGGAGGCGGCGGCGGCCGCGGGGGUCGCGGGCGGCGGCGGGGCGUGCCCCAACUCUUAUAAACCGCCUCGGGAGGGCUGGCCCCGCGAGCCAACCCGCCCCGGGCGAAGCUGCCUCUUCCACUCCCACCCCGGGCUCGCCUUCCUUCCUUUCGCCCUCCCUCCCUGCCCCUCUCACUGAAAGGCCUCCUCCCUCCCCGUCGGGGCCCUCGUGGGUGGAGGCUGUGGGUUGGUCCAGCGGUUCCCAGACACCACUUGCCCGUCGUCUGAACGUCGAAGAGAUGGGCUUUCUGAAAGUCCAAGAGCUGGAUGCCAUCCCACGAUGUUCCGACAUCCACAGGCUGGAGUGGAAAGUCCACUGUCAAUCCACAAGUUGCUUCUUCAAUGACUUUCUUUCUCAUUUUCAUGGAGAAGGUUGCCUGCUUUACUUGUUUGGAGAUAAGAUUAACCACGUCGGCUUCUUAGAGAAUGGGAGAUUCGUGAUCUCACAAAGCAGACCAGAAACUGGAGGAGAGAGCAGGCGAGUGGGCAAGAACGGUGUUAUUCUUCUGUUUGGUGAACCCCUGCUGAACGUCUAUAUGCUGAAGCCAUGUGAUGGGGAUACUAAGAUGAAGAAGACCCAAGGCCAGCACUCAAAAAGCCACAAUACCUUGUGAGGAAAGUGGGUAAGAAAAUCAACAAUUAUAUCUCAGUGUCAUAAGUUUUACACAGGAGGUCUGCACACAAUGUUUGAAAGAAGAGAAUUUGGGCUUCCCAGUGGCAACAGAGGGGAA